GGAAAGUUCUACGCCUAUUUUCAGCGUUACUCUUGUGUUUGCGUAACAAUCCGGCGCAAGUACAAGCCAGCUCCUAAACUAGACUAGUCCCACCACGCUGCUCUUCUUGUCAGAUAGCGAACCUUCCCUGGUCACCAUCACGUCGGACACAGACAGACCGAACAUGUCAGCUCAAAUCAUAAGCGGAAAAGAAGUUUCAGCGCAAGUGAGGGCGCAAUUGAAGAAAGAUGUGGAGCAAAUGAAACUCAAGGAUCCCAACUUCCGGCCGGGUCUGGUAGUUUUACAGGUUGGAGAUCGUGAAGAUUCAAAUCUGUACAUCAGCAUGAAGCUGAAGGCAGCAGCAGAGAUUGGGAUAAAUGCGACACAUAUGAGACUUCCUAAGACUGUGACUGAAGAAGAGGUUCUUCACAGCAUCAGAGAAGUGAACGAGAACUCAUCAGUCCAUGGUCUCAUAGUGCAGCUGCCUCUAGAUUCAAUCCACAAGAUCAGCACAGAAAAGGUCACUAAUGCUGUGGCACCGGAGAAGGACGUAGAUGGAUUGACCAGCAUAAGUGCAGGGAAGCUAUCUCGUGGAGAUCUGGGUGACUGCUUCAUCCCUUGCACCCCAAAUGGCUGCAUGGAGCUGAUCAGACAGACAGGUGUAUCUGUGGCAGGGAAAACGGCUGUGGUGAUUGGUCGCAGUAAGAUUGUUGGUGCACCGAUGCAUGAUCUGCUCCUGUGGAAUCAUGCUACAGUAACCGUCUGCCACUCUAAGACUGCAGAUCUAGCUGCAGAGGUGGGUAAAGCAGACAUCCUGGUUGUUGGUAUUGGAAAAGCAGAGAUGGUGAAAGGAGAGUGGAUCAAAAAGGGAGCUGUGGUUAUCGACUGCGGGAUCAAUCACAUUCCAGAUGAGACGAAACCUAAUGGGAAGCGGGUAGUGGGGGAUGUACAUUAUGCCUCAGCCAAGGAGCGUGCAGGUUUCAUCACCCCUGUGCCAGGAGGAGUGGGACCAAUGACAGUGGCAAUGCUGAUGGGGAAUACAGUGUUGAGUGCAAAGCACUUCCUUGAGAGCCAUCAGCCUGGGAAGUGGGGCAGUUCUUACACGAAACUCAACCUUCAGAAGCCCGUUCCAAGUGACAUAGAGAUAUCUCGCUCCUGCAUCCCAAAGCCGAUUAAUCGUCUGGCCAAAGAGGUUGGCCUGCUCUCUGAUGAAGUGGAAUUUUAUGGGAAAACUAAGGCCAAGGUCCAGCUGAGUAUUAUCAAACGACUUCAGUCUCAGCCGGAUGGCAAAUAUGUGGUGGUCACAGGUAUUACUCCCACUCCAUUGGGUGAAGGUAAGAGCACGACAACGAUCGGCCUGGUCCAGGCCCUGGGGGCCCACAUGAAGCUAAAUGUGUUUGCCUGCGUCCGACAGCCUUCUCAGGGCCCCACCUUCGGCAUUAAAGGUGGUGCUGCAGGAGGUGGAUAUUCUCAAGUCAUUCCAAUGGAGGAGUUUAACCUCCACCUGACCGGCGACAUCCAUGCCAUCACAGCUGCUAACAACUUGGUGGCUGCUGCCAUUGACGCUCGCAUGUUUCACGAGGCAACGCAGUCUGACAAGGCUUUGUACAAUCGAUUGGUUCCGCUUAGUAAAGGGCAGAGAAAGUUCUCCCCAAUUCAAAUCAAUAGACUGAAAAAAUUGGGUAUAGAUAAGACUGAUCCUUCAACACUCACUGAUGAGGAGAUCACCCGCUUUGCACGCCUGGAUAUUGACCCCAGCUCUGUAACCUGGCAAAGAGUGUUGGACACAAACGAUCGAUUCUUGAGGAAAAUCACCAUCGGCCAGUCACCAACUGAAAAGGGUUACACCAGGGAGGCUCAGUUUGACAUCACCGUUGCGAGUGAGAUCAUGGCCGUCCUCGCCCUCACCAGCAGCCUGGAGGACAUGCGGCAGCGCCUGGCCAAGAUGGUGGUAGCCACCAGCCGCAGCGGGGAUCCAAUCACAACCGAGGAUCUAGGAGUCAGUGGAGCUCUAACUGUGCUGAUGAGAGACGCCAUUAAGCCAAACCUGAUGCAGACUUUGGAGGGCACACCUGUUUUUGUCCAUGCUGGUCCUUUUGCCAACAUCGCUCAUGGAAACUCAUCCAUCCUGGCUGAUAAAAUCGCUCUGAAGCUGGUUGGACCCGAGGGCUUUGUGGUGACGGAGGCAGGCUUUGGUGCAGAUAUUGGCAUGGAGAAGUUCUUUAAUAUUAAGUGCCGCUACUCGGGCCUGAGGCCCCAUGUGGUAGUCUUGGUGGCCACAGUCCGAGCCUUAAAGAUGCACGGCGGAGGACCCACGGUUACUGCUGGGAUGCCAUUGCCAAAGGAAUAUGUGGAGGAGAACCUUGAGCUUCUGAGGAAUGGCUGUGGCAAUAUGAGGAAACAAAUAGAAAAUGCUAAACACUUUGGAGUACCAGUAGUGGUGGCUGUCAAUGGUUUUAUGACGGACACCGAGGCUGAGCUUGACCUGGUCUGCAGCAUGGCCAAAGCUGCUGGAGCCUUCGAUGCUGUGCACUGCUCCCACUGGGCUGAGGGUGGCGCUGGUGCUGUGGCCCUCGGUCAGGCUGUCCAGAGGGCCAGUGAGGCCCCCAGCAACUUCAAGUUCCUUUAUGAUUUGGAUCUCCCUAUUAGUGACAAGAUUCGAAUAAUUGCUCAGAAGAUCUACGGCGCAGAUGAUAUUGAACUUCUCCCUCAGGCCCAACGCAAGGUGGAGCUCUACACCAAACAGGGUUUUGGAAAUCUUCCCAUCUGCAUGGCAAAGACACACUUGUCUCUUUCUCAUGACGCUGAAAAGAAGGGUGUGCCGACCGGUUUUGUCGUUCCAAUUAGAGACAUCCGAGCAAGCGUCGGCGCUGGCUUUCUCUUCCCAUUGGUCGGCACGAUGCCUACCAUCCCCGGUCUGCCAACCCGGCCUUGCUUCUACGAUAUAGACCUGGACCCUGAGACCGAACAGAUCAACGGGCUUUUCUAAAGGAAAACGCCUCACAGCAUGCACUCCUCCAAAACUGGGAAAGCAAGAUGGAUGAGUUUAGAAACACCAGCCAUGCCCACAGGGCCUUAACAAACACCGGACAAGUUAUAACUGGAAGCCCUGGUUGCUUUUGAAAAGCUGCUACCAUGGAUACAUAAUUUAUGAUU